GUCCUAAACUGAAUCAUGGCUCGCGAGGUGAGGCCCGCGCCCGCACCCUUCUUUCCGCAAGCCGUUACCGCGCAUGCUCCACAAAUCGAUCAUAUGUUACGAACCGAAUAUGUAAUAAUAUUUUUUUAUUUAAAUCUUUUUCACCUUAAAUCUAAUACGUUGAACGUUCUUGUAUCGCAAGUGGUUAACAAUGAGUUAUAUUUUAUGAAUAUUGCCACAAUGUUGCAUGGAUGUAUUUGGAGUGCCCGUACUUUCGCAGAAAUCGCCAAAAUUACAACACGUUUACAUUUUACUAAAACAACCAAAAGGAUCACAUUUUGUUGUUGGUCGCGUCGCCUGUGUACAGUAAAUGCACAGUGCUCCACCAUCGGUGAAAUUAUCGAACAAUGGAGCCACCGGUUUAGUAAGGAAGGUGUUCCAGAACCCGUUGAAUCGAUCGAGCACAUUGUUGCAAAUGUCAUAGGUACUAAAAAGAUAAUAGAUCUCGUAAAUGUACGAAAUGAGAAGCUUACGUCGGACCAAUGUCAAAAGCUGGAAUCGAUGUGCGAAUGCCGGUUAUCUAGAAUGCCUAUUCAAUACAUAAUAGGGGAAUGGGAUUUUCGUGAUAUUACUCUAAAAUUAGUUCCACCAAUUUUUAUUCCACGGCCAGAGACCGAGAUUCUAGUUGAUUUUGUGCUCAAGAGAAUAGACACUUUGCAAAGAAUAGAACAGAAAGUUUUAGAAGUCGGAUGCGGUUCUGGUGCAAUAUCCCUCGCGAUAGCUCGUGCCAAUAAAACAGUAACAUGUAUAGCAGUAGACGCGAAUCUACAAGCUUGCGAACUAUCCGUGCAAAAUCGAAAUCAACUGGGUUUAGAAAAUCAGGUUUUAAUUGCACAUGCCAAACUCGAGGACGACGGAAAGAUGCAGUAUUCGAAUGUAUUAAGUGGACCUAAAGAUCUUGAUCUAAAUUUACAAAUUUUUGACAUUAUCGUUAGCAAUCCUCCAUACGUACCUACCAAUCAAAUAUCAAAAUUAUCUCCAGAGAUAAAAAUUUACGAAGAUUUAUUGGCGAUCGAUGGAGGAGAAGAUGGUUUAAAAGUAAUCAAGCCUUUAUUAAAGUAUGCUGCAGAAGUUUUAAAACCUGGAGGACGUGUACUUUUGGAGGUUGACUCUACUCACCCCGAAUAUAUCAAAUUUUUUACUGAAAAAUACUCGAUGCUUCAGCUGCAGUACGAACAUACGUACAAAGAUUUUUAUAAUAACGAUCGAUUUGUCGAGUUAUCAAAAAUAUCAUAGGAUAUAAUAUAUUAGUAAUAUAUAUA